AACGUCUUUAGUAAACGAACGACACUUUAAGGUGUAGCAAUUCCAAAAGUAUACCUUCAAAAUUGCACAUCUAUUUUUACAAUAAAAAAAUUGUUUUGUUUUUCAUAAAUUCUACAAAUUUCAUUCGUGAAAUUCUUUUAUUGAAAUUUUCCGUUGGAUUUUUUAAAACGAUAAGAAAAGAUGUCAUCACGUAAAACAGCCGGUCGUCGUGCCACAACAAAGAAGCGCGCUCAACGUGCCACAUCCAAUGUGUUCGCAAUGUUUGAUCAAGCUCAAAUAGCCGAAUUCAAGGAAGCAUUUAACAUGAUUGACCAGAAUCGCGAUGGUUUCGUUGAAAAGGAGGAUUUACAUGAUAUGCUUGCAUCACUCGGAAAGAAUCCAAGCGACGAUUACUUGGAUGGCAUGAUGAAUGAGGCACCGGGACCAAUAAAUUUCACCAUGUUUUUGACAUUGUUUGGUGAACGUUUGCAAGGCACGGACCCAGAAGAUGUGAUUAAAAAUGCAUUUGGAUGCUUCGACGAAGAGAAUAUGGGACUCAUUCCAGAAGAACGUUUGCGUGAACUUUUAACCACGAUGGGCGAUCGCUUCACCGAUGAAGAUGUCGAUGAAAUGUAUCGUGAAGCGCCGAUCAAAAACGGUCUCUUCGAUUAUAUAGAAUUCACUAGAAUUUUGAAACACGGCGCUAAAGACAAAGACGAACAAUAAACAUCAAUAUUUUCGAAUCGAUUUGCAUUCAAACAA